GGCAACCGAACCAUUUGGCCCGUAGAGCCCAAAAGGCUCUUCUCGGCCACGUGCGAUGAAGAGAAGUUCCGAGGUGCUGCCAGCAUUUGGCUCAAAGUCUCACCGAAUCCGCAGCUCAGGUGCAAUGAGCAGGGCAGUGCUGCAAACCUUCGAGGAGUACCAGAAGGCCCGCGUCACCUUCGUCCAGACCGUUGCGGACCUGGCGACGAGGCCACAGAACAUCGAUGCGCUGCAGAAUGCAGGCGUCAUGGCCCUCCUGAGGCCGCUGCUGCUGGACACCGUGGCCUCCAUUCAGCAGAGCGCCGCCCUGGCGCUGGGGCGGCUGGCCAACUUCUCGGAGCAGCUGGCGGAGUCGGUCGUCACCCACGAGAUCCUGCCGCAGCUGGUCUACUCGCUGGCGCAGCAGAACCGCUUCUACAAGAAGGCCGCCGCCUUUGUGCUGCGCGCGGUGGCGAAGCACUCCGUAGGCCUGGCGCAGGCAGUGGUGGACUCUGGUGCUCUCGAGUCGCUUGUGGUGUGCUUGGAGGAGUUUGAUCCGUCGGUGAAGGAGGCGGCAGCGUGGGCGUUGGGGUAUAUUGCGAAGCACAGCCAGGAGCUGGCCCAGAGCGUGGUGGACGCCGGGGCGGUGCCGCUGCUGGUGCUGGCCUUCCAGGAGCCGGAUCUCACCUUGAAGCGCAUCUCAGCCUCUGCGCUGAGCGACGUGGCCAAGCACAGCCCAGAGCUGGCGCAGCUGGUGGUGGAUGCCGGGGCCACCUCGCUGAUGGUGAAGGAGGUCUCCAACAGCGACGCGCCGCUGAAGCGCCAGGUGUGCUCCUGCCUGGCGCAGAUCGCCAAGCACUCGGUGGAUCUGGCCGAAGUUGUGGUGGAGGCCGAGAUCUUCCCCAACAUCCUGCACUGCCUCAAGGACGUGGACCAGGUGGUGCGGAAGAACGCGGCCACCUGCAUCCGCGAGCUGGCGCGGCACACCCCGGAUUUGGCCAAGCUCAUCGUCAAUGCGGGGGGCAUCGCGGCCGUUGUGGACUACGUGAACGAAGCCUCCGGCAACAGCCGACUGCCUGGUAUCAUGGCCUUGGGCUAUGUCGCUGCCUUCUCAGAGACGCUGGCGCUCGCCGUGGCGGCUACGCCGGGAAGGGGCGGCAUGUUGCGGGCCCAAACCCAAACCCUGGUCGGAAGAGAAGCGCUGGCUCCGGGCUGCUUCAAGGUGGUGUCCAAAGGAAUCCCGCCCUUGAAGGAUGCGCUGAUCAGCGAACCAGAGGACCACGUGAAGGCGGCGGCCGCGUGGUCGCUGGGGCAGAUCGGCCGGCACACCCCGGACCAUGCCCGUGCUCUGGCGGAGGCAGACGUUUUGAGGAGGAUCCUGGCAGUUUACCUGCACCAGGACUCGAGUGAAGACCUCCAGAUCAAGGCCAAGCGAGCACUGAAGAGCAUCGUCCAGAAGUGCACGCACCUGCCGGCCCUUGAGCCGCUGCUGGACUCUCCGCCCAACAUCCUCAAGUACGUGGUGCAGCAGUUCGCCAAGGUCCUGCCCAACGACGCAGAGGCGCGGAAGGCCUUCGUGCAGAGUGGGAGCCUUCAGAAGCUGCAGGAGGCCAGCACGGAGCACGGCUCGAAGCUGCAGGAGAUGGUGGAUUCCAUCAACCUGCUGUACCCUCCGGAGAUUGUGCAGUACUACUCCCCGAACUACGCUGCCACGCUGUUGAAGAAGAUGGAAGGCUUUGCGCCCACCGGGUGAGGCGGCGGGAUGCGGAGCGCCCGGCUAGCGCGCCGUUUGCAGCGCUAGGGGGGCGACACCCAAGGCCCGCGCAUGUGCGAGCACCUUGCUCGGAGAAAAUGCUUAGGUCUGUGCUUGUUCCUUACCAGCGCGGUAGCAAGG